CCUCCUGAACUCACAGCGGAAGGGAAAGCAGGAGGUAAGGGCCUCCAGAGCCCCUUCAGAGCCUGUCACCAGGAAAGGGAAGAUGGGAGGUCGAAAGAUGGCAAGGGAUGAAGAAAACGCCUAUGGUUCCGAAGAUGAGCCCGGGUCCCUGCAGGAGCCUCAGCUGAGGCUCAUCCUGGUGGGCAGAACUGGCACCGGCAAGAGUGCCACAGGGAACAGCAUCCUGGGCCACAGGCACUUCCUCUCCAGGCUCGGAGCCACAGCCGUGACCAGGGCCUGCGCCACCGCCAGCCGGAAGUGGGGCCGGUGGCACGUGGACAUCGUGGACACCCCAGACAUUUUCUGCUCCGAAGUCCACAGGACAGACCCUGCGUACACAGAGAGAGGGCGCUGCUACCUGCUUUCUGCCCCCGGGCCACACGCGCUGCUCCUGGUGACCCAGCUGGGCCGCUACACGGCCCAGGACCAGGAGGCGCUGAGGAAGGUGAAGGAGAUGUUCGGAAAGGACGUGAUAGCUCAAACUGUAGUCGUCUUCACCAGGAAGGAAGACCUGGCCGGAGGCUCUCUGCAGGAUUACUUGCGCUAUUCAGAGAACCCGGCCCUGCGGAAGAUGGUGGCAGAGUGUGGGGGUCGAGUCUGCGCCUUGGACAACAGGGCCACGGGCAAGGAGCGGGAGGCCCAGGUGGAGGAGCUGCUGCGCCUGGUUGAGGGCCUGGUGCGGGAGCGCGGGAGCGCGUACUACACCAACCAGGUUUAUGGCCUGGUGCACGCGCUGCGCGGGGCGCCCCUGGAGGAGCAGCUCCGAAGGGUGACUGAGAAGGUGUCGGCUCACAUGCACCGGCCUCCCGGAGUCAGGCUCCUGGCCAAGCUGUGGGAGUGGCCCAAGUCCCACUGGACCGGCAGGAGACGAGGCGUGGCCAUCCUGCUGGGAGUCGCCCUCCUGGUCUAUGUGCUAUUCUACAGGCACACACCCCAGCCCCUUGUUGGACUCCAGAGGCCCUACCAGUUCCCAUAUGGGCACUGCCUUUUAUUCCUUUCCUGCUUUUUGUUCCAGGAGAGAAUGCAAGGGCUGAAGAAGAACAUAUACGGAGCCAUGGCUGCAGGUGGACCGGAAGAUCACAGGUACGCAGUGCAUCCACCAUUGAGAAUCAUCCUGGUGGGAAAAACCGGCAGCGGGAAGAGUGCCACAGGCAACAGCAUCCUCUGCCGACCAGCCUUCCAGUCCGGCCUGGGGGCCAAGUCGGUGACCAGCACGUGCCAUGGGGAGAUGGGCACGUGGGAUGGGAGGAGCAUCCUGGUGGUCGAUACGCCCCCCAUCUUCGAGUCCAGGGCCUGGACUCCGGACAUGUACAAGGACAUCGGGGACUGUUACUGGCUGUCAGCCCCAGGGCCCCACGUGCUGCUCCUGGUGACCCAGCUCGGGCGCUUCACCGCCCAGGACACCGUGGCAGUGAGGAGGGUAAAGGAGGUCUUCGGGGUGGAAACCAUGAGGCACGUGGUCAUCUUGUUCACCCACAAGGAAGACUUGGGGGACAAGUCCCUGGAUGACUACGUGGCGAGCACGGACAACCGCAGCCUGCAGGCUCUGGUGCGGGAGUGCGGGAGGCGGUACUGCGCCUUCAACAACCGGGCGGCGGCCGGCCAGGAGCAGCGCGGGCAGCUGGCUGAGCUCAGGACUGUGCUGGACAGGCUGCAGUGCGAGCUGGAAGGCUGCUUCCUCAGCAACGACCUGUUCCUUUGGGCCCACGUGCUGCGGCAGGGCGGGGCUGCUGCUGGCCAGGAAGACCACAGGCGCUACCUGGCCCAGGUGAGGCAGCAGGUGCAGAAGCAGAGGCGACAGCUGAAAGUGGCGGAGAGCAGCUGUGUGUUCAGGGCGCUCCUCAGAGCCCAAGACUGGAUUGUGUCCCAUGUUGUGGUAUCUGCCUGUUUUAUUAUAUGUGGUUUGAUUUUUCUUGCACUUUUAAUUAAUUUUCGUUUUCUUCAGGGAAACUGAGCACUUCCUGGUGAUUUCUACAAUCAGAUAUUUUUUCCAGGUUCCCCAUCUCAGUCUUUAUGUGUGUGCUGCUCUACAUUUUAUGCAGUUUCACUCUAUUUUGCUUUCUUGCAUGAGAUAUUUAUUUUCCUGGAAUUGCUUUUAGGUAAAUAACUCAAAGGGAAAUUUUUCUGUUCUUGUUUGGUUAAAAAACAUGAUAAAGAAAAUAUGAUAUCUAUACA